GAAAGAGAGAGCGGAUGUUUCCGCACUUCGGGCUGCCAAGGCCUCUCUUUCUCUCCUGGCGGCCCAGCUCUCAAUGAUGGCAGUGGUCACGUGACGGGGGCGGGGGUGACGGCUCGUUUUGCACCUCUUGGAGGGAACCAGCUUCCCAGGCCGAGAGGGGAGGGGGCUUGGCUUCGGGCGGGUGAGGGGCGUGACAUGUCGCUCGAAGAUCCGUUUUUUGUAGUCCGAGGCGAGGUGCAGAAGGCGGUGAACACGGCCCGCGGGCUUUAUCAGCGGUGGUGUGAGCUUCUGCAUGAGGGCGCGGCGGUCGGACGCGAGGAGCUGGACUGGACGACCAAUGAGCUGCGGAAUGGCCUGCGCAGCAUCGAGUGGGACCUCGAGGACCUGGAGGAGACCAUCGGCAUAGUGGAAGCCAACCCAGGCAAGUUCAAGCUCCCAGCCGGAGACCUGCAGGAGAGAAAGGUGUUUGUGGAGAGGAUGCGGGAAGCAGUCCAGGAAAUGAAGGACCAUAUGGUCAGCCCCGCAGCCAUAGCCUUCAUGGAGAGGAAUAAUAGAGAGAUGCUGACAGGCAAGCCAGCCACCCUGAAGUCAACCAGCGACUUGCUGGACGCCAGUGUGGUCUCAACCACCUCUCGCUACAUUGAAGAGCAGCAGGCCACACAGCAGCUGAUCAUGGACCAGCAGGACCAACAACUGGAAAUGGUGUCUGGGAGUAUCCAAGCUCUGAAACACAUGUCCGGCCGCGUCGGGGAGGAGCUAAAUGAGCAGGUAUGCUGGACACCUUUGCUCAUGAGAUGGACCACACCCAGUCCCGGAUGGAUGGGGUCCUCAGGAAGAUGGCCAAAGUAUCCCACAUGACCAGUGACCGCCGACAGUGGUGUGCCAUUGUGGUGCUGCUGGGGGUGCUUCUCCUGGCCCUCAUCCUGUUCUUCUCUCUCUGAUCCUGGUCCUCCCCAGGAAGCUGGUCCCUCCAGCUGGGGGGCUCAGCAGAGCCUUGCCCCCUGGGAGGAGGGGGAUCAUGCCUGGGAAGCUGUCCCAAGGCUUCAUCCAGAGCCAGUAGGACCCUCAUGGCCCUGGGUGGGAGCCCCCACCACUGGUUCUGUCUCAAGUGCGCUUAGGGGGUGGUGGAGGUAGGGGGACCUCAGACACGCCCCUCCCCAUCUCUCCUUCCCGUGCCCCAAAGCCAUCGCUUUGCCCGUGUGCCUUCUACAUGUGUCAACUUGGAAAUAAAAUCCCAGCCUUUGUUAUA